AUGAAUAGACACUUGAGUGAUUCUAGCGAAACAUCUUGUUUUUCAACAACUUCCUUCAAUACAAGGAAUGCAAAGGUUCCUGAUCAUCGUGGUAUUUUAGCAGGCCAAGCUUACUUUGGUGAACCAAUAUGGGAGGAUCUAUUGAAAAUGAUUGACAGGAAUUUUGUACCACACCGUUUAACAAAAUUUAUAACCACACCAGAAUUAAGUAAAGAACUAUUAAAUUUAGAUGAAUCAAGGCUUCAAAAACAAUAUAAGAUUGGUGUUCUUUAUCAAGCUCCGUCACAAGUAUCUGAAGAAGAAUGGUUUGCAAACACAACUGCGUCACCAGAAUAUGAAAGAUUCCUUAAUUUGUUAGGCAAUAAAAUUGAACUGUUGGGAUGGCAACGCUUCGGUGGUGGAUUAGAUACAAAAACUGGUGGCUCCGGUAAAUAUUCAGUUUAUGACUCUGGAACAUGGAAAGAUUUUGAGAUAAUGUAUCACGUGAGCACCAUGUUACCGUUCGAAGAUAAAAAUAAACAUCAAAUUACGAGGAAAAGGCAUUUGGGAAAUGAAGGUGUUCCUUCUUUCGGUCCCGCAUUACCUGAUCCACCAAUCUUUUAUGAUCCAAUAUCAUUAAAGAAAUUUUUAGUUGCUACAGCCCGAAAUGGUAUAGUGUGUGACAUUGCCAAGAGAUAUACACCUGUAGUACUUGCUCCAUUGACCCCUCCACAAUCUCCAAAGAAAAUCCCACGAGAUGACUUAGACAGUACUUUGAAACGACUUUUUAUUAAAGAAUUGAAACUAAAUGCUGGUUCACUGCCCGAUAUAAUGCAAGUAAGGUCUCUACUUGAUAAAGGUGCAAAUCCAAAUAUUAGGAUACCACGACCUAAACCAUCCCGGGAACAAUUGAUGCAACAAUCAAUAUCUUCAACAUCAACACAUAAUAGUCUUAAUUCUGAUUCAAAUGAAAAUGAGUCAAUGUACAAACUUCCAAAUAUAUUAUUUGCUACCAUAGCGUUAGCUGAUGAUCCUGUGUUCGUUAAACUAUUGAUUAAUUAUGGUACUGAAACCAUGCCACGAGACACUCGUUUUCCAAAUGCUUUUGUAUUUGCUGCAAGGUAUAAAAGAGUCGAAACAAUGAGAUGUUUACUGGAAAACGUGCCUUCAUUAAGUGAUCCUGAAUCCGUUGAUGCCGCUAUAGGUGAACGUGGUAACAGCAAAAAUUCUGUCGGAACUAAAUUAUGGGAAGAA